AAAUUGAAUUGACUAUUGUUAGCAACUUUUCAGUGUAUAGGCAUAAUGAAGAUUUUUCUAUGAGUUCUCCACAUGCGAAUGUAGCCAUGGAAACAGAAUUAUCCUGGAAAGUUGCUGGAAAUAGAUGACAACGUGUAAAUCUAGAGCCCUCAUUUAAAGAGCCAAAAUGAGGAGACUUUUAGAGUACGAGAAUCAGAUUUUCUUGGAUGGUUUCCAUGAAGACGGUCUCCUUGUCAUGGCAAAAGGACUUGGAAUAGACAGAAUUUUCCUGAACUUUCUGAAGGUUUACUGUGAUCCUGCCAAUCUUGUCCUUGUCUUGAAUACAAAUGCCAGAGAGGAAGAAUACUUUACAGAACAGCUGGAGAAGGAAAGCAUAAAACCUUUACCAAGAAAUAUUACUAAUGAAGUUGGAGCCAAUGAAAGACAGAAGGUUUAUCUCCAGGGAGGAGUUCUAUUUCUGACUUCAAGGAUUCUGGUUGUGGAUUUUCUAACAGAACGAGUCCCAGUUGAGCACAUCUCUGGCAUUCUUGUGUACAAAGCCCACAGAAUUGUAGAAUCUUGUCAGGAGGCAUUUAUACUGAGGUUAUACAGACAGAAGAAUAAGACUGGUUUUAUCAAAGCUUUCUCUGACAGCCCCUAUGCCUUCACCACAGGUUACUCUCAUGUAGAGAGGACAAUGAAGAACUUGUUUGUCAGGAACCUUUAUCUGUGGCCUCGUUUUCACGCCAGUGUUGUAGCAAAUCUAGAGCAGCACAAGGUUGAUGUUGUAGAAAUCCAGGUUCAAUUAACAUCAGCUACCCUGGCCUGCCAAACAGCUCUGUUGGAUCUGAUUAAUGCCUGUAUACAAGAACUAAAGCGCUGCACCACAGCUAUUGAUGCAGAAGAGGUUACAGUAGAAACUGCAAUUGGGAAAGCUUUUGAAAAAACAAUCCGAUUUCAGUUGGAUCCAGUUUGGCAUCAGCUAAGCUCCAAAACUCGACAGCUGGUGACUGAUAUUAAAACUCUCAGACUCAUUCUCAGACAGAUGACACAAUAUGACUGCAUCACAUUUUUUAGUAUGGUAAAUUCAGUCAAGAUGAGCGAGAAAGCAUUUGGUCAGAAUACAGGCUGGUUGUUUUUGGAUGCUGCAGACAGCUUAUUUGUUCAUGCCAAGGAAAGAGUAUAUGGUCAAGAAAAAACACAGAUUAAUGACAAAGAAAAAAAAGAAGAUAAAGAACCCUUGUUAGAGGAAUGUCCUAAGUGGGAGGCACUAAGAGACAUCUUAAAAGAAAUCAGGAAAGAAAACAAAAACCUGGGUCCAGAAGAAGAACCUGGAGCUGUGCUUAUAGCAGCUGAGGAUGACAGGACAUGUAACCAACUCAAAGAGAUGCUGUGUGAUGGGGCAAGGAGUAUGAUGAUCAGACUGUUUAACAAAUAUCUGGCUCAGAAAGGACAGAAUCUGGAGGACGAAGCUAAGAAAAUCAGGCAAGAAAAAAUGGCCAAGAUCAGAUCAAAUAAGGGACAGAAGACAAAGACAGUUGAGCAGACACUCACCCAGAUGGUGGGAGGGACAAGCACAGAGAAUGGGAUUUCUAAUGAGAUGGGACCAUCUAUAGCCUCGACUGAUGCCUACUAUGGCUUUGUAGAGGAACCAGUCACCAUUCUUCACCCCCUCCAUGGUGGCACAGAUCCUAAUGGUCUGACAAAGACUCUGCAGGAAGUACAGCCUAGAUACGUGGUUCUGUAUGAUGCAGACAUGCAGUUUGUUAGGGAACUAGAGGUCUAUCGAGCCAGUCAUCCAGGGAUUCCACUGAGAGUGUACUUCAUGAUGUAUACAGGCUCAGUGGAGGAGCAGCGAUACUUAACCACACUCAGGAUGGAGAAAGAGGCAUUUGAGUUCCUUAUCCGAGAGAAGGCUAACAUGGUGAUUCCAGAGGAAAGAGAAGGAAAACUAGAAGAUGAUCCAAAUUUGUCAAGGGACACAACUCCUGCUAAUGCUACAGUGAACACUAGAAAAGGAGGGGCACCCCAGGUCUCUACACAGGAAAAGGUGGUUGUAGACAUGCGAGAGUUUGGAAGUGAGUUACCAUCUUUGAUUCACAGACGAGGUAUUGACAUAGAACCAGUGACAUUGGAGGUUGGAGACUACAUACUGUCACCUGAUAUUUGUGUUGAGAGGAAAAGUGUCAGUGAUCUGAUUGGUUCCCUGAACAAUGGCCGCCUGUAUAACCAGUGUGUUUCCAUGUGUAGAUACUACAAGAAACCAGUCCUUUUGAUUGAGUUUGAUGCCAAUAAAUCCUUCUCCUUGCAGGUAAAGCAGUCCAGUGAAGUGUCCAUACAAGAUGUCACCUCACGACUGGCUCUUCUGACCCUUCACUUCCCCAAGCUACGCAUUCUCUGGUGUCAAACUCCAUAUGCUACUGCUGAGCUGUUCGAAGAACUAAAGGUAGGAAAGCCUCAGCCAGAUGCAGGGACUGCCUUAGCUAUAGGAUCAUCUGAUGAGGGCUUACAAUGGUCAGAUAAAUACAGCCAUGGACCACAGGAUUUUUUGCUGAAGAUGCCAGGAGUAAAUGUGAAAAACUACCGUCUCAUCAUGAAUAAAGUGGAAAGCCUGUCUGCUUUGUGUGACUGCUCCCUAGAACAGCUAACGGAGAUCAUGGGUAGUGAACAUUAUGCUAAACAGCUUCAUAAUUUCCUCCACUCUAAACCAAAGGAACCGGUGGACAAACCAGCAAAGCCAGGGAAAAGUGAUUACAAACGUGGGUUUAAAAGAAAACGAUAAACAUGGUAGUGUGCGUUAACUUUUGCAGUUUUUUCGUUGAAAAGAUGCAUGAUGUGAAAAUCUACCUCACUUCAAUUUAAAGUACUUUAGUAACCUAAAAUGAAAAAAAAAAUGAAUGAAAGAUAUUGAGUACAGAAUAUAUAUACAUAAUUCCUUACUU